CGACGGGAGGGAUGGCGAAGGGGCGGGAAAAGCCGAUCCUCCUCGACUCCUUGGAUGGGCCCCUCCUUCCCAAUUGAGUUUGGGAAGAGGGAGGGAAGGCGAGGAGGGAAGAGAUGAGCUCCGUCGAGCGGCACCAGCAGCGGCAGCCACAGGACCAGCGCGCCCCUCGCUCGCCCGCUCUGCCGCCCUGGUCCCGAGACAUGGCUGUCUAUUGCAGCGAGGCGUUCAGCGUCUAUCCCCAAAGCGCGGCGCCCGCCAAUUACGAGUACCCGCAGCCGCCGGGCGCCGCCAGCUAUUUAUGGGGCGCGUACUCGCAGGGGAGCGGGGCCAGCAGCGCCGGGGGCGGCGGAGGGGCAGCGCCGGGGGCCUCCUUCCUUCCCUACGGCUGCCCCCCGCGCGGAGUGGGGGCGCCUCCGCUGCUCAACGCUUCGGGCUCCUCGUCGGGGGGCUCGUCGUCGUCCUCGUCGCCGCCGGAGCUGGGCUGGCUGAGCCUGGCCAGCCAGGAGGAGCUGCUGCGCCUGGUGCGCCCGCCCUACUCCUACUCGGCGCUGAUCGCCAUGGCCAUCCAGAGCGCGCCGGAGCGCAAGCUGACCCUCAGCCACAUCUACCAGUACGUGGCCGAGAACUUCCCCUUCUACAAGCGCAGCAAGGCCGGCUGGCAGAACUCCAUCCGGCACAACCUCUCGCUCAACGACUGCUUUCGGAAGGUGCCCCGCGAUGAGGACGACCCCGGGAAGGGAAACUACUGGACCUUGGACCCAAACUGUGAGAAAAUGUUUGACAACGGGAAUUUCCGCCGCAAGCGCAAGAGGCGCUCAGACCCUAAUGCCUCUGCUGUGACCUCCACCGUUUCCACCUUGGGGACCCUGAAGACUGAGGAAGGGCACUUGAUUUCUUUAGCUGCAGGAAAGCCCAGCGGUGAAAGCCCCUCCUCAGAGCUCGAACCAAUGGCUUCCAUGCGGGGCCAUUCGAAGAGUGCCUCUCCACCUGUGAUCGUCUCGCCUACUCCCAGUUGCCUUAGCAGCUUUUUCAGUGGCAUGAACUCGCUCAGCAAUGGAGGCCGCCUUCCCGGGAGCUUCAGCAGUGAUUUACACCACCGAAACCUCCCAGCUGGGCCACUGAGUGGGAGCAGUUUUGCCCAGGAAGUCCCCCCUACGGAGCAGCUCCAGCGGGUUUCCGGGCCAGCCGGGGCCUACUACAGCCCGUUCCAUCCCAGCAGUGGUGGCCAAUCGGGCCAGUACAACCACUUAUACAACUUCACAGUCAACAGCCUCAUCUAUGCACGGGAAGGCACUGAAGUGUAACUCUGUUGUGUAGGCAAACCUUGGUCCUACUAGACCAAGGAGAAGAAGGCCAGGUUUAUUAUUCUGCAUCUGAGAAGACAAUGUCCCACUUCCAACUUUUUUCCACCCGUAAAAUUGACUUCACGCAGGACAACUUUCAGGGCCAUGAACAAAAAGGUUUUGACACUUGAUCUUUAAGGGGGAAUGUACGGCACACUCUGGACUUCAAAAUAUUUCUUUUGCAUAUUACCAGCAUGUCACAAGUUUUGCAACUGAGGACCACCUAGACUGAUUUGAAAUGUUUUCAAUGUUGGUAUUAAAAUCUAUUUUUUUAAGCUGGAAAGAGAACCAAAUAUCGAGAAGUAUAUUGUUUGUGGGCUGUUGGGGUUUUUGAUGUGCAUUUUGGGUGCCUCUGUUUACAAGUGCUAUAGUACAAAAACAGAUGAAGAGAUUAAAUGAAGUGCCUUGAACAAUGUAAAAAUGUAGUUGCCUUUGCUUAGAAGGUUCUGUUUGAAACUUCUGUUAGCCAGCCUUUCACUGCCACAGAUUUCUUCUUCAGUCCACAGACAGGCACCAAGCAAGGAUUUCUUGGGCCCCUGAGUUUUUUGCUGAUACGAUUUUUAUAAAUUUGAUUUGAUCAGGGCUGGCCCUAUCAUUAGAAAGAUUGGUGCAACAUCUUCAGUUAGUACAUACUGGGAUACACAAUUCCCAUUAGUUGGAGGGCAGUACCACUCCUCACCUUCUAAGUCAGUGGUUCUCAACCUUCCUAAUGCUGCGACCCCUUAAUACAGUUCCUUAUGUUGUGGUGACCCCCAACCAUAAAGUUAUUUUCAUUGCUACUUCAUAACAGUCAUUUUGCUACUGUUAUGAAUCGUAAUGUCAAUAUCUCAUAUGCAGGAUGAUUUUUCAUUCACUUGACCAAAUUUGGCACAAAUAUCCGAUACACCCAAAUUUGAAUGGUGGUGUUGAGGGGGAUUGAUUUUGUCAUUUGGGAGUUGUAGUUGCUGAGAUUUAUAGCUAACCUACAAUCAAAAAGCAUUCUGAUCUCCACCAACGAUGGAAUUGAACCAAUCUUGGCACACAGAACUCACAUGACUAACAGAAAAUACUGGAAGGGUUUGGUGGGCAUUGACCUUGAGUUUUGGAGUUGUAGUUCACCUACAUCCAGAGAGCAAUGAUGGAUCUGGAUGAAAAUUGGCACGAAUGCUCAAUAUGCCCAAAUGUGAACACUGGUGGAAUUUGGGGAUAAUAGGCCGUGACAUUUGGGAGUUGUGGUUCCUGGGAUUUAUAGUUUUCUGAUGGUCUUUGGUGACCCCUCCCAUACCCCCUUUGCAACCCCUUCAGGGGUCCCGACCCAAAGGUUGAGAAACGCUGUUCCAAGUUACCUUGUUGUUUCCCCCAACACUACCAGGGUUGAAGUAAGAUUCAAUUACUGGUGCAUUAAACUUCUGUAGGUGGGCUGAAGGAGUAUCAGAACGUCUUAGCCAGUCCUGGAUUUAGAAACCACAAGUACGGGCUUGCCGGGAACCAGCAUACGAAACAGCGUUUCUUUAAGAAAAGCACUAUGCAUUUUGUAGGACUCUGUAGAACUUUGUGGAUUUUUAUCAAGCAGCCUGGUCCUUUGCUACUUAUCCAAGACUAUGAGAACACUUCUAUAUGAAAAUAAAUUUCAGCAAAAUUUGUGAGUGCAGAACUGAUAGAAAAAUCAUGCAAUAAUACAACCCCCUCAUCCACAAUUCAAUAAUCACACUUCCAAAAAUAUUCCUCCACCAGGAGUGUUUGCAGACCAUUCUAGAUCUUCAAGUGGGAUUCUAUGGUAUGCUUCCAGCCUACAGAGAGUCAAAAUGUCAGGUUUAUUAUUAUCUACAGUUUUAGGUAUUCAUGGGGAGGAAGGUAUUGGAACUCAACUUCUGUGGAUAUGGCGGUCACACUAUAAUACAAUAUGCUCCCAACUGUUGAGGUGUACGGUUUUCAACUGCCAGCAGUGAGAAGGAUGUUAAAAAUUUGAAUCUCUUUUAUGAGUAAUUAUGGAGUAAGCAAAAGUGGUGAGGCAACAUUUGUGGGGUGACGUGUCCUCCUAAUUUGGUCCAAGAGCCAUUGCUAUCUUUCACCAUAAAAAAGUUCCUGGCAUAGAGAAUAUGUGUAUAUUCCAAGCCAGACUUCUCUAUUACUGUGUUUGUCAAGCAGUGUGGAAGUAUAACACUUUCAGAGCAGCAUCCUGGAUCAGUUCAGUCCUAGGGCUGUGGGACUGUAAGACUGUAAAAAUUGGACAGGUCCCUUGCAUCCAGGUUUUGUGGUAAGACCCUGAUGCCACCAUCAUUACUUAUUUUCGCAAGUUAUGUAGUUUUGUACCAAAGAUGUGUGUAUUUUUUUCAGCCUUCAGUUUUUGCCGAAACAGUAUGUUGGGUAUUUUAUAUAUACAUACAUGCUACUUUGUCAUAUCCUACUCUGUAAAUUUAUUUUUACACGAGUCUUUAUUUGUAAAUUAUGGACUGGAAAUUGUACUUAUUUAUAAUGCUUUGGGAAAGUUUUACGUUUUCUUUUUUCUCCAGUAGUACAUUGAGGCAAUCUAGAAAUGUUGGGAAUAAAACUCUUAAAGUUGCUACCUUUUAAAA